AUGGCGGAAGACUCACAAGAACCCAGCUCGCUCCCCGGGGGUGCUAGCAACACACAAACGCCUGACUCCUCGGCCAAUUCGCAAACACCGAAAUACGAGCCAUCCCAGUCACAAACUGGAAAGCUAUGGGAUGCCUUCGGAAACCCUGAAGAACCCGCGAAUGCGCUCGCGCAAGCAACCUACAAGCCCCGAGGCAAGAAUCCUAAAGAUGUACCGUACUCCGAGAUUAUUGGAUCCGUCUCGCUCUCCGAAAUGUCCACAGUUCACAAACGACCAUGUGCCCGAGAAUCUUUGUUGACUGGUAUCGGUGUCGGAUUCGGAGUUGGUGGUCUACGAGGCGUGCUUAAAGGACGGUACUAUUUAUGGUCUGCAGGAAACUGGGCCGUUGGCAUGUUCGCGAUCAGUUCAUUGGCAUCAUAUGAGUACUGCCGCUGGCGACGAAACAGGGAGCUGAGUGGCAUGGCAGAAGCUCUCGAUUUGAUGAACCAGUUGAAGGCUAAGAAGCAACGUGAGAAGGCUGCUGCAGAGGAAGAAGCGGCACUGCGUGCACGUCUUGCUGAGGAGGAAAAGAAGAGCAAGAGUUGGACAAAUCCCUCCAACUACAAGUUCUGGUAG